GCCGCUGACGUCAUCGUUUCCCUGGCGACGGGGCCGGCGUCCCCCUCGCCCAGCCUGGGCCACGAGGGCGAGGGUGAAUCUGCAAGUUAUGGACUACCACUGGCAGUAAUCACUAAAUGUGGGCAUUUUUGAUAGGAUAAUAAACUGCUGAUCCAGGAUCCUGAUGGCGUUGAGACCAGAGAUGAGCACUAAUACCAAAAUGAGAACUUUACCACCUCUACCAUCACAAAGCCCAAAGCGCCUGCUUUACUUAAAGCCGAAAAAACUUAGUUUUUCAACAGGGUUUUCAAGGUCUCAGUUGAUCAAAGGGAAAGAUGACAUAGAUCAUUAUCUGGAGGUGAAUUUCAAAGGAUUGUCAAAACAAGAGACUGCUAUUUACAGGAAUUCACACAAGAAGAACAUCUGCAUAGAAAUGCUGAAAGAGGGUUAUCACAAGUCCUUCUUCGAGUUCUCCUCUCUGAUACAGAAGUGGAAUGCCUUGAGGGAGGCUGGAGGGCCUGGGUCAGCCAUAUGGCUCCAGACGUCCCUGGAGGAGCAGCCUCAUAAACUGGAUCAGCUUCACCACUUCCUGACCAGGGCUGAGGCAGCCGAACGAUCAGAGUAUUAUGAAGAAAUGUACAACAACUUACUUUCUCUGGCCCGUUGCUUCGACAAUUCUGAGGACAAAUGGUUAAGAAAUUAUUUUUAUGAACGUUGUUUUGAAACUGCCAAACUGAUCCAAAUUGAUGGUGGGAGAAAAGAAGCUGAAACACAUGCAAUCCUGGGCCAUGUCUGUGAAGAAAAACGUCAUUUCAAAGAAGCUGCUGAGCAUUAUGAAGCAUUCCAUCAACUGACAGAAGGGCGGAUGUGGAAGGAUGAGGCGGGCCGUACUCACAACUCGUUGGCCUGUGAAAAUCUCUGGAGGAUCUACACAAUACUAGCAGACAAAAUGCUGGAAAAUAAACAACACAAACCGGCCAUCAAAACUCUAAUAAAAGCUUUUGAAAUAGCAAAAAAAGGUGGACACAGAAAGAUGGAAGGAAAAGCUGCCUAUUGUUUGGGUUUGGCAUAUCACUCUUCCAAUCUCUUUGAUACUGCAGUAUCAAUUCUGAACACCUACAUAGAAAUCUCUACAACGUUAGAUGACAAUAUUGGCAUAGGGAAAGGAUAUGAAGCUAUAGCCAAGGUCCUAAAAAGCCAAGGAAAGUUGACUGAAGCACUCGAUUACUUGGAAAAAUAUGUGAAAAUCGCAGAAAGCAAUAACGAGUGCCAAAGUGUAGUGGAAGGAUGUACAAUGAUCGGCGAUAUUUACAGUGCACAAGGAUUCUAUGACAAAGCCUGUGAAUCUUACAAGAAAGCUUUUGAUACAACAGAGAACUUAAGAAUCCCAUCUCUGGUGGAUGAAAUUAAAGUUAAUUUUGGCAUUGCGAAAGCUCAUCAGAUGAUGGCAACAUUUAACCGUUACGUAGAGCCUAAAGAUCAUAUCAGCCUUGAGUACCUACUGCAAUGGAAGGAGAAGAGAAGUGACCUGCCUGCUGACCCUGUUACAGAUGAAAGCCUAGAAAAAGCAGUGGACAGGCUGUAAUAGGCCUCAUUCCCAGAACUCCUAAGAGACGCUUCUUAAAUGGAACUUUUGAAGUUCAGCCAAAGAUCAGAAAAAUGUUUGGUAUCUACUGGGUCUUUGAGCUAUAGAAUGGGAUAGAAUAGGAAACAGGACAAAAUAAGUAUGAUGCUUAUGUCUUCGUGGGAUUAUGAAAUUCCUAUACAUCAAAAAAUAAUGGAUACAAGCAUUUCUGAAUACAAGAAAAUAAAAUGACCAAUAAAGUGUAAAGAAAAAUUACGAUGAUUUAGUAAAACAUGGCUUAUUAAUAAUCAGUACAUAUUUAUAAAAACCUGGAUGUUUUCUGCACAAACACAGUGGAUUACUACAGUGCCACCAUAGUCUCUAGUGUUUUGGCAAAUAAUCUACUAAGUAAAACUAUGUCACCAAGAUCUAUUUUUCAGUAUAAAAGUAGAUCUCCCACAGCAAUUGACUCAUUACCUUUCUGCUUAAAUUAUCUGCAGAACUCCCCCAGUUCUCCCUUUGGCUGUACGAGAAUUGUUCUUAAGAAAAAUAAAAUGUAAUCAUUAUCUACA